CUUCGAUUACAAGUCGCUUCUGCCUUUUUCGACGCUCUGCUCGCUUGGCGUAAGGGAGGGCGCUCAACGGUAGCUAUGCUCAUCAGCUAGCUACCUUUUGAUCGAGCGCGCAGCUCACACACUUUUUCUUCCUACGAUUUCAUCAUAACCUCCGGUUUGGCCGAAGCUCCGCAUGGCUUCAACCACGCCGACAGCAUCGUCACUGUCACGGUAUCGCCCGGUCGUCCUUACUGUCACUGGCGCGGCAAUAGCCUACGGCUUCUAUCUCCUCUACACCAACAGUCGAUCGGGACCUAGCACCUCUCUCCACCGAAGCAACGCGAUACACCGAAGAGAACGUCCGCGGCGGUUCGAACAAUUUCUUGAUGGCGACGAUCCACUCGACCAGCUCACUCCCGACCAAAAUCCACCUCCAUCCCAGUUUACCGAUGCGCGAUAUGGAAUGCCUUAUGGUUUACUCCAUCACGCUCUAUCCUUUACAGCUCCCCGACGCAGCCUAUCUCCAGAGCCUCUGCCACGUGAGCAGAGUAACUGCCGAAUUACUGGCGCAGCGAGCCCAGCGCAUAUUCACUCAGAAUUAUCUUGACCGCGAAGUCAAUCCUCAGGAUGGUCGUCAAGGCACGGACGCAGCUUUCUCUCAGCUCUCUGAAUGGGGUCUUCCUGCAAACCUCAUUCGGGAGGAAAUCGUCGGAUAUAACUCUAGGAACAACACGCGAUCGAAUGGGGCACCGCAAACAGAUGGCGCAAGUGCAGUGGAUAUCGUUGCUCUACCGACGGCCAUUGAUGACACUUUGACAGAUGCCUCGUGGGAUGACGCUGAAGAUCCAGGAGGUGGCGCUGGCGACGAUGCACAAAAUGGCGACGGACAUGCGCUUAGGCGGACACUGUAUUACAUUGCGGAAGACCAGGCUCGACAGAAGGGCAUCGUGCAUCGCGGCAUCACCUGCGACGGUUGCCGAACGACCCCGAUACGAGGCGUCCGUUAUCGCUGCACCAACUGCGUAGACUACGACUUGUGCUCUGACUGCGAGGCUACCAACAUCCAUCCGAAGACGCACAUGUUCCAAAAGGUCAAGAUCCCCGCCAGAUAUCUCGGUUACACGCGCAAACCAAUGCCUGUUUACUUCCCAGGAAAUCCGAACUUCAUGCCUAAUCUUGUGCCAAAUGCCGUGAAAAAGGCUAUGGAAGAUGAGACGGACUAUGAUCCGGAGGAAAUCGAAGGUCUUUGGGAACAAUUCACCUGCCUUGCGAACAUCCCCUGGGAUCACGACCCUCACAAGCUUGGUGCUGCCAUCGAUAGACGCGCGUUCGAUAAAGCUUUCGUCCCCCGGUACACGGCAAACAUUCCCGCCCCUAAUCUUGUCUAUGACCGUGUCUUCACUUUCUUUGACAGCAACGGUGAUGGUCUCAUUGGGUUUGAAGAAUUCGUCAAAGGGAUGAACUAUAUCCGCAUGUCUCCGCGCAUGAAGUCCAAGCUCAAGAAGAUCUUCGAGUGCUACGACGUGGAUGGAGAUGGGUUCGUCACGAGAAAAGACUUUCUGCGAAUCUUCCGAGCGUACUACAACAUUCUCCGCGAAAAGACGCGAGACAUGCUCAUGGUUGCAGAAGAGAGCCUAAGUGUAGCUGGGGCCAUGGACACAGUCGAGUCUAGCCAGCCGUUGAGCUCUGCCUUCAUUAGUGCAGCAAACUUUCCGACUCGCAGGAAUGGAGUCACUCCCCGCAAGACCUUUGACCGCUUUGGCGAUCCUCAGCAAGAUCAAGAAGUUGUUCGGGAAAGCGGCAACGAUGCUGGAGAUCGCUCGGAGUUCAUUGCCGAUGCUGGUGAAAUUCAAAGCCAAAGAACAUCAUCUUUUCUUCCACAGCCUUCGUCCCCUGAACUAGCCAGGCGCGAUGCUGUUGCAGAUCGCUGGAGGAGACGCGAGUUCUACAUAGACGAAGAAGAAGGUCUUACAGCUCCGGAUAAUAUGGGAGAGGAUGAUCGGUUCGAUGAAUCCACGGCCCACGACACUGCGGGACCUUCUGGGCAGACCAAUGGCACCAACGGAGUAUACCACCGUCCGUCCAUGUCACGCUCAUCGUCGCGAGUUCGUUUCGCCGAUGAUCUUGAAUCUGACGCACGCUCCGAAGCUUCUACGUCUUCCCGGCCCAUCGGCGAGCGCUGGGGUGGUUACGAGAUCCCAGAAGCGGAAGAGGACCUCGGCAAAGACAUAUUGUACCAGAUGCUCGACCCUCUCUUCAGGCGCAAGGAAGAUCUUGCUUUGGAACGUGAGCACUGGCGUGCCGAGAUUGAGCGGUUUGCCCGCGAAAUCAAGCAAAAGACCGACGCAGACUUUUUCAAUGACCCUCUGCUUAGGUCGCCUGAGGCAGAAGCUCUCUUGGACGUUUCCCUCCAUUGGCAUGAAGAGUUGAACAACUUUGAUAUUAAGAAGGCAGAGAAGCACGCUGCUGUCAAUGCCGCGCGGCAGCUCGCGAAGCCCGAGGGACCGAAGACUGAAGCUUCAUCUGCAGCUGAUCACUUGAUGGAGAUGCAACUGGAUGAACUGCUCGAAAGAGCGGGGUAUGCUGCUGAGCAGGACGACAACGAAGGCCCAGACGAUACUGUUCGAGCUGUGGUUGACACCAUUGAGCAUCUAGGCGAAGAUGGGCAGUCUACUGAAAUUCGCCCCGAAGUUGCGAUCAUUAUCGAACCCAACAGGAACCUGCGCGAGCCCACAUCUGAACAUGCUCCCGACGCAGUGCCGGUCACCACGCAGUCCACGACGUCGCAACUACCACCCAACUUUGACCAGACGCUGCCACAAUUCCGGCCCAACACAAUCGCAGGUCAAGAUUUCAACGAGCUUGCUGGCAAUGCCGCAAGCAGCCUGCCCAGAAAUACUACCGCACCGCCCGAGGUGCCUACGGCUCCGGAGAUCCCGCUUCCCGUACCACCAGCCGAACAUCGCGAUCUUACAUUGCCCCAAUUCCGGCCUAACAGCGAUGCGGCGCAUCCAUCUCGGACCUCAUCGCGCAACCCACCGCCUCCUACUGCCGAAGAUUUGAACCUAGAGAGAAACGCCAUUUCCGUACUCACAUCUUUGAACUCUGAUUCCAUGACUCUGGACCCUAGUCUUUUCACUUCAGCCGCCUCGUCCGAAGACGAGUCAUCGUCGUCUCACGAGCGCGACAAUAAUGAUGAUGACGACGAAGAUGGUGAUGAGAACGACUCGGAUGCUUCCGACUCCGACUCGGACGCCGACGGCGCCUUCGACCCCGACCAUCCCAAUAACCUCCUCGGGCCCAUCCCGCUCGAACGCCACCGUGACGCCAUCCAAACGUCGAACCUGGCGGCGCAGCAGCCCAACCCCCACCUGGCCGAGGCGCACGCGCGGCGCGCGACGCACCGGGCCAGCCCGCCCAGCGAGCCGCGUUUGGCGAGGCUAGCGGUGCUGCAGGGAAUGGAGAAUGGGUUUGCAGCUAGUGGUGGUGGCGGUGGUGUUAAAGGGGAAGGGGCUCGCAGCGAGUUUGAGGAGGCAAUGUCGGGACGGGCAGGGUCGACGCUGCUGGGGAGUUUGUAGAGUGGUGGUGUUGGUGUUGGUGUUGGUGCUGGGAGUGGGGCACUUGGAUGGAUAGGAUAGGAUAGGAGGGCGAAAAAGGGUGGUGGUGUUAGAUAGGGUGGAGAGGAGUGGAUAUGUAGCAGCGUAAAUAGCGCGCAGACAAGGCAAUGAAAUGAUACCCUCACAGGCGCGGCUUCCCAUUGGGCGGGUGGUGGGGGGAGGAAAGGACAGAUGGCCGGAGCGUCGUCAGAAAUGGAAGGGGGCGAUUGGCGAGAUGGGGAAGGGGAAGGUGCAGACGACAGCAGUAGGAGUUUGGGAGGGAAGUAGCCACCGGUCAGAGAGCUGGGCUGUAACUUCCUCCCUCCCUAGUAGCGACGAUGAAACGGCGCACUUGUGAUUGAUGAGCGUUGGAGUUUGUUUUGCUUUUUACCUCAGAAGAGCGGCGGGCGGCAUGAACAGG